AUGCAUUCCCUGAAGACUUUAACAACCUUGUUUUGUUUUAUCACUGCGAUCCUUGGUGUCUUGAAAACGGUGGCCAGUAGUCGUAGCUGUGAGCCUAUUAAGGUCCCUCUCUGCAGACGAUACCUGCCCUAUAACAUGACAAUGUUCCCAAACGCACUGGAGCAAUUGUCACAGAAACACGCCCGUCAGAAAAUCGAUCUUUUUCGCGCCAUCGUUGCUAUAAAUUGUUCACCGGAGGCAGGCUUUUUCCUGUGUUCGUACCACUUGCCAAUAUGUGCUCCAUCGUUCAAAUCCAGGCCAAUUAGACCGUGUAGAUCAGUCUGCGAGAAAGUCAUGUCCGACUGCAUGGCAACGAUUAGAAAGUAUAAAGGAAAAUGGCCAGAAGAUGUUGUGUGCAAGGACCUCCCUUCCUAUGACAGUGAUGUAUGUGUGACCCAAGACUCUUUCGUCAACUCGCCUGGUAAGUUAAGUAAUAUACUAGAUUCAUUCUUUUCUCUAUUUUACAACUUAUCUAGAAGUAGUAUCUAAUAUCUAGAACUAGUAGUCUAAAAAGAUAGAAUAUUCUUGUACCGAACAAAUGAUCGUAUAUAUGGUCACUUAGAUAAGGUUUCAAUAGCUGCACUUUGAUUUUGAAUGUUAACUAAUAAUAUAUAAUGACCUUGUGAUCGGUUACAGCAAUCGGGAUUUUUAAAGCACUGACUUAAUGUAACGGCUUUUGUGGUGUAGAAAACCGGAAUUAUUCAGAAGAAAGCUGGGAGCAGUGUAGAAUUCGAUGGUAGUGAAGGUGAUGCACUAUUUUGAAUUCAGUCACAAAUCGCUAGUCAUAACUUUAUCAUCAUUGGAACGCUCUAAAGUUUAUUCGACAUUCAUGAUCUUACAUUAUAACGCGUAAUAUAUUUUUUAAUGUUUAGGUAUUUCCUGAACGUAUUAUGAACCAUAGAAAGAAAGUCUGUCGUGCUAAAGUUGUUUUAAGUUGCCUUGGCCCUGAUAAGGAGAUAACAAAACAGCUUUCUGAUUAAAUGACGCACGCGCGCAUAAUCCUAUGUACAGAGUUAAAGCUUCACAGGAAAUUAAAACGUUUAAACCCGCCCUUCGUGAUUCGAUCAGGAAAUACAGAAGGUAUCUGAAUUUGUGAACAAAAUUUCCAUCCUUGUGUUUUCACACCUUCACACCAGACGAUCAUUUCCUUGUCCAUUUUACAAUUCAAGUGUGCCAAAUUGUUCAUUUGAUUCACUAAGAGAUAACUUCUUUACAAGAGUCCGACAGCAAGUUCAGAGGCCACAGACUUGGCAAUAUAAUGAAAACAAUAAAAAAACAAAGAAAAAUUACCGCUCAAAAGUUUUCACUUGAGUUAGGUAACUUUUAAGUAUUUCCCCCAUAAAACAUCUUCCCAAAAGUAAUGUACAAGAAAAUUCGUGCUGAUUGUUGCUUUGUAGAAAAUACAAUCAUACAAUUGUUUGACACUUUCUCUUGUAAUUUGCUGUUAGGUAACUUUUAAGUAUUUCCCCCAUAAAACAUCUUCCCAAAAGUAAUGUACAAGAAAAUUCGUGCUGAUUGUUGCUUUGUAGAAAAUACAAUCAUACAAUUGUUUGACACUUUCUCUUGUAAUUUGCCUUAGAUUCUAAUAUACAGUUGAUGUUUUGUCUUCCACUAUUGAUAAGAAUUCUUGACAAUAUGUUUUUAGCCCCACUCUGCCUCAGGUUGUUAUUAAGAAAAAAGCAAAUUUGUUUAACAGCAUAUAAUGAAGGCGGGGGUCGAUUUUCUGGCCAAUUUCCGCUGUUUGCAGUACGGAAAAGGUGAACGAUGUUUCUAAGCGUUUGUCUGUUUUUCUUUUGUACGCUGCAGCCGAAGAAUAGUGUUUAAGGGUGAGAUCUAAUGUAAUACAAAGCUUUUAUCCUCCUUAGGAGAGUUUGGGUUUUCCUUUGAAGCGUUAAUAGUCAAGUCAAUCAAGUGAACCUACAGCGAAAGAAAGCUUUUACGUCACGCGCACCGUCUGGCACUGUCGUCAGAGGAGCCGAGUAUCCCAGAUAGCUAAAUUAGCUGAGUUUAAUUAAUUUAAAAGCCUUGUCGGAACAUCCCGUCUAUUGAACAACUAUUUCAGCGAUUAUUUCUCCUCUGGACGUUUUCUAUCCGUGAUAUUAAAUGACCCAAGACGAUUUUUUUUUUACCAAAACGUGUUAAAUGUUUUCAACAAGUCUAUUGAACGUUUGCUGACAAAAAAUGCAAUUUCGCUGUCAACACUUUUCUUGUUUAAUCUACGUCUUAACGAUUUAUCUACCUGUAAAGUGGAUUAUGCGGCGAUAAAAUGCACGGAUUUAAGGUUACAACACGAAUAAAAAUUGAAUGAUGUUUCUAACCUCAAUCUCGGUUUUGCUUAACACAAAAAAUCUGCUUUUAGUUCCGGUUUAAAUUGUUUCGAUUUCUAUUUUUCAGGUUUAUUAGUUUUUGCUUUCUCGUUGCCAAAGCAAAGCAAAUUGUAAUUAAAUUCGUGCCUUAAUUUUCGUGCCCCUCAGAUUGUCUAGUAUUGACCUCCAUUACGAUAUUGAAAUGUUGUUUACUUAGUUAAAGAAACUUAUGGAAAGCACUUGAUCCAAAAUUUAGAAUAUUACCAUAAAGCUAUUAUUGUCGUUAUUAAAACACUGUGCUACGGCAUUCCUGGAAUUCUUGUAACCGUUUAUGUUUUCUCGCCUUAUGAUGGCUCUCGUGUCGUGAGAGGAUUUAAAACAAUGUUACAAUAAAACAGUUUAUAAUUGUUACAUACAGAUUCAUUUGGCAGGAAUCAUUGUGUAAAAACAGGGCUCAUAGCAUGAGUAUUAACAUCUAUCAACAACGUGAGGGGAAAAAGGAAAAACAUAUUUCUUUUAUAACGGCAUAAAAAUAUUUAGAGCCUGAAUUUAUGCUUCCUUGGAAGAAAUACAAGAGAGGAUUCCUUGGGUAAACAACAACAUAAUAAACAUAUUAACAUUCUUUAAGGCUUUGAGUUGGAUUUGUCACGCGAUUGUUUAAGUAUUUCGGAUCACGCAAUUUGUUUCCUUUUAUUAGCUUUGUUUUUCUACUUCAAUCAGUGACUAGUUCAGUUGCAAAGCCGAAUUCAUGGCCUAUUAACUACUGACUUGUCUACCACAUUAUUUAACUCUUUGCCUCAAAACAAGCGGAUUUUGACACCUGACCAACUGAGGUCUGAUUGCGUGUUUAUUCGCGUGAUCAGUAAUUUAAGUCCGAAGAAGUUUCCUAUUAAAGAGAAUAAAAGUAUGGAUUUGUGGUAAAAAUAUCAAAUUUCUGCUUUUUAAAUUAAAGUGAAUAUAAAUUUCAGCCUACGUAUUUCCUAGUGUUGGGCGCGGGAACCGUUAUUGGUUUGUUUUUGUGUUGUGGUGUGGGUAUUGUUUCUUAUCUUUUCAAUCUUUGUAUUAUUUCAUUUGGUGAUUGCACCUGUUCACUGCACCAAGAGACUACCGAUGUCAGUGUUGGAAAAAGUCGCUUAAAUAGCUUCCUCAUUGAGUAGCUGCUCUAUAAAAUUGCUAUUGAUGACAAACGGUAACAUACUUUUCGCUGAUUACUUUUUUAGAGUUAAGGACCCCUUGAAAGGUGUUGCAUGAACUUAAAAUUAAGAUCAGAAUUAAGCAAAGAAGCACACAUGAUAUGAUGAGCACCUUACGUAUGCGCACAUCCGUAUCAGCUUAGCAGUGGCCGCUGCGGACAUCUGUGUCGUCCAUGUUAAAACGCAUCACCAUGACAGAGUCAUGGAGAAAGGGUCUUGCAACCACAGACCAUGCCGUUUACUGCCUUUUAAUGUUUACCCCCCGCCCCGCCCCGCCCCCCAUUCCUCUAAGUAAUACAUAGGAUCUCCUUAAGUCAAUGUAUUCUGCUUUGAGCCAAUUGUCGAUGUGUAUAUAUGUUAUCCUCCUUAGCCCCAAAACUUAAGCUUGCUUUUUGCAAAACUUUUUUCGUGUUUUUAAUGACCGAUCUGAAGUGAGGCUGUAUAGUGGAGCAGAUGAGGUCGACAUGCAGUAGUUUAUGAAGGCAGUCACUGCAUGAUGCUAUUAAGCCAUAAGAUAUGAAAGAUCUGUGAGUCAGUUCACGCGGUUCGUGUCUCACUUUUGUAGACUUGUAAGAGUUUUUGAAAAGUCAAAACCAGUUAUCCUAACCCCCUACGGAUAAAAUAGAGAAUUUGGCGUCUUUUGUUAUUUUUUUCUGUUCUGUUUUGUUUUGUUUUGUUCCUUCAGUCUUAUAAGUAACAAGAUAAUACGUAACAGGAUAGAGCGAAAAGAAGUUUACAUGGUCUUUUCAAUCUGCUUUUCUACUUAACAAACACUGCUUCUAUUUCAUUGGUUAUGUCGCAAAUUUAAAAUCAGUGCGCUUAAACAGAACUUGCUAUUAAUAUAAUUAUUAAAGUUUGUACUAUGUUUGCAUCCUCACAGAAGCGUACUACUCUCCAGCUUUUCAGAAUCAUUCCCUAGAGCCAUUACCGCUACUCCUGGCCUAACUCACCCAGAGCCGAUAAGCGUUAAACCCGCAGGAUUAAAUUUAAAUCCAUCACUGACGAUUCUGUCUACUCUCUCACAGAUUGUUGACUGAACUCACCCUCAUUUUGUGUUAACAUAACUGGGUCUCUAAUUAAAAGCUCAAUCAUAUGCUAAGCGCUCAAAUUAAGUUUUUCUUGAAAGAAAAGUUUGAUUAAAAUUUUGCUCAACUGUAUUAAAAAUUAUUGACCAUUUUCCCAGAAACCCGGGUCUGGUGCCCAUUAACGAAAGUUCUGUUGUUAAAAUCAUUUUAACAUUUUAAAUGUGGCAGAUAAUAUGGUAAAACUAUCAGUUAAGAUACCAAAAUUAACUGGUUUGUUAGCUUAAGGAACCGCGCCUGAUUUCUUACGAUUUUGAUUUGAAUAUUUGAUUUCGGCCCCGAAAGGUUAUCGGGACUUACGAGAAACGGGCCCGUGAUCUCUAUGCAUCAUGGUUGUUUUACACGUACAACACAAUUAUUUCAUUUAAAUUAUUUCAAAGCACUGGCAAUAAGCGCAUGAGCAAAACUAAUCAAUCACUGCGCUUUUGCACGUUGGUUGUUCAUGUAAACCAACCUUAACAACGUCAACGUUACUCACAUUAGAUUUUCAUGAAAUUUGCAGCACCCCCGACACAGUCAUCAUGCAGUUGUACUAAACAGCGUCUUAACUUCCAGUUUUAUCAACAGACUCGUUACACGUUUGGUAAGUUAUCCUCCCUUUGAAAUUUUAAAAACAAAACUUCAAAGACCGAAGCGACUUCCUUGUAGCAAUUUGUAAACCUUUUUAUGUGCUCUACCUGGCUUGAUUGUUAAUUGAUGGGUUAACUAUUAGAAACGUCAGUGAGGGUUGAAAUUUGAUAUUGAUAGUUGUCCUUUCUCUCGAAGCCAAAAUUAAUAUUGCAUUAGCUAAACUAACCAAUAAAAAAUAAAAAAAAGGUUAUAGAAAUUCCACUUGCAACUGCUUUAAGAUAUCCCAUUAUGCUAACUUCUCCUAAAAUGUUGCCUAUUUGUCUACAGUACUGAAAAUGCGCAUUAAAUCAAUUAGCAAGAAUGGAAGUGAACGCAUCAUUAAAGGAAGAGUACACCGCGUACUACAGAAAGGGUUGGUUGAUUUGAGGAAAGGAGAUACAGUAUAUUUGCGCAGCAAUACCACUUGUGACUGUCCUCAGAUUUCCCGGAUGAACGCGGAUUACUUGGUGGCUGGUCAUGAAGAUGUGCGAGAAAAAAGACUCUACUUACUUCCGGCAACCGGCGUAGUGGAAACCUGGGAGCGAGCUUGGGUUUCUAAAUUCAGAAAGUGGGAGCGGCGUUUUGCUGCCAAGCGUCUUCUUGGAAAAAAACGUAACAGAAAAAACAGGAAACGUCAAAGGAAAGGUAAAAAAUGUAGAAACAAUUCUUUUUUAGUCUAUCAAAGCCGGUUCUGUGAGAACCUGUAUAACAUGAAAAGGCCAGAAGGAACUCGGGCAGAGUUUUUUGUGAAC